AUGAGUGCUACAAUUUCCUUCAUUCUACUUACAAGUCUGAUCGCUUUUGCAUUCUACAAAGGAAUUAUACUUAUUGCAAAUAAUGACAUAUAUAACGAGAGAUACUUUACUAUCAAUAUAAAUGAAGUCAGCAGGAAAUGGGUUUAGAAUGAAAACGGCACUGGUAGGUACAACACAAAAGCUGGAGAUAUAGAGAUUGGCUUUUAGAAAUGCGGUCCUAAUGGACUCUAGACUGAUGAUUAAGAAUCAGUAGAGUAUAUAGGAAUAGCUAAAUACUAUUGUUUGGCAUAGAAAAAUUACUCACUUUUCGGCUAAUACUACUCUGAUCAAUUUAGAUAUGUCAAAAUCUAAGUUACUAAGUGCAGAAACACUACAACUUUCAAUAAAUGCAUGCCUCUAGAGGAUAUUGAUAAAUACAUCACACAAAAAGGUGCGCAACUUUCAUUUAUUUUUGUCAACAACUACUUUGACUCAACUAGCUAUGAUUAGCCUAUUAAAAGCUAUCUGGAUGAUACUUUCUACUGGUCUUUUCUACCGGGAUAUAAUAAAAAGACUAAUAUUUAUUUCAAAAGAAAUAAAAUUCAAUUGUCUGACUCUUACUUAUCAGGUAUUCUGCCUGAUGACGAGCUUAAAUUUUACUAAGUUGAAAACUUCAGGGAAACUUUAGAACCAUAAUCAUCAUGGUUUGAACUUGCGCAAGUUUAUUUCAGGUAUGAUAAGUAGUAUGACAAUAAUCAAAGAAACAUUUAUGGGUUCAGUGAUUUCCUAGGGGAUGUUGGAGGUUUCCAAUCAAGUAUAUUUUUCAUUGGAGCUUUACUCGUUAGUAUAUUUUCUGAGAGAUUAUUUUAUUCGAGCGUCAUCAAAAAAAUCUAUCAACUUGAAAAUUUCGAUAAAACCCCAGACACACAUCAUUCUAAUAACCAUAAACGUAGCAACACUAAUAUAGGUCAUAAUGAAAGUUAGAAUAAACUCAACAUAGAUAUUCAAAAAGUUGAUAGAAUGUCCUCAUUGCAGCCUAAGAAAGAUAAGGUAUUAAGUAUAGAACCUUCACCUCCAGUCAAUGAAUCUCAAGGUAUUGGUCUAAUUAAGAAAUUCUCAAGUAUUAUAUAAGAGAAGUUUCAAGAGAAUAAGGCUGAAAAAGUUCAUGAAAAACUCUAGAUUUUUUCAAACUUUAUCAAUUCAGAAAACUACAUUACCAGCAAGAUUUCUAGAUAAAUUCAUAAAAUGCUUACAACUAGAGAGAGAUUUUCUUAUUAUGCAUCAGAUAUUUUUCAUUACCUUUUCUUUUGCCUAUGCUUUAGAAAAAAGAGGUAUCUUAAAUAGAAACCCAGAUUUAUGAAGCAUUUUUUGUAUAGAAAAGGAGAGAGAAAAGUAGCUGAAGAACUAGAUUGUAUAUAAAUGAUUAAAAUGAUUAGACAGAUGAAACUAUUAACUUAUGUACUAUUGACCAAGAAACAAAAACUAUUAUUAAAAUUUCAAAGAAGAAAUGUCUUGGAUUAUGAUACAUAAAGUUCAUCUGACUCUGACAAGGAGAAACUAGAUGCAUUCAAAAUGCUUUAACAUAAAAACCAUAACAUUUAAAAAUUAUUCACAAUAAAGCUGAAAGAUACGAUUUAAAGCUAUGAAGCUAAAGAUCUAAAUGAAAUAGACAAGAAACUGCUUAGAGGACUACAUGAGAAAUAUAGAUUUGAUUAUGAAGAAUCUAAGGAUAAAAUGAUUAACACAAUAAAGAAAUACCUUAAGAAAAAGGUAGAAGAAGAAAAAAAGAAAUAAUCGGCUUUAUCUUAAACAGAUAUAAAGUAAACAGAAUCACCUGAGAGUAGUAACUCAUCUGAAGAUAUUGAAGAUAUGGAAUACUACAAAAGAUUCAAAACUGUAAUGAUUUAGCCCUUUGAUAAAAGAAGAAAAUCUAUCGCUAAAAUGAUCGGAUUCACUGAUCCAAAGCUGACCUAAGAGAAAAUUGCAAAUGCUAAUAUGAGAUAGUCAAUAAUUUUAUAAAACUUAGGAUUCAUGAAUGAUGGGGACGAUACAUUAAACCAAGCUUCAACCGAUAGAGAAUUGAUUAAGUUGGAUAGAAGAACUUCUAGGGUUGUUAAUCCUGAAAUAUUUAAUAAAAUAAAGUUAAAUGAUCACUCUUCAAUAACAACACCUAAUACUGUCACUGGGUCAAUAUAUUUAAGCUAGUUCUAGAAUAAAACAACAUUUAAUAGUAAAAGGCCAUUGAGAGAUGGAGGUAAGAAUACUACAGGCACAAAAAUUAAUGAAAGCAAUAUGUUUGACUCCUCUAUAGAUGAAUCCAUAGAAGAGGACUCUAAAAACUCAGACAUUGAAAAGGGUCAAGGCAAUUUUAAUUCAGAUGAGAGGAAGGAGCAAUUGACUCUUAAUGAUAGCUGGUCAUUCAAUAAAUCUCAAAUAAAUUUCGAUACAUUACAUCCAAGUAUUGAUAGAGAUCCCCUUUAAAAUGGAGACUCAAAGGCCUAACAAUAACUGUUAAGAGAUAAGACCCUAAAAUAAGAUAGCAGUCCAUAAAGAAAAUCAAAAAAGAAGGAUGAUAUAUUGAAUGAAUUGCUGAAAGAUAUUUAUAAAUAAGAUGAUAAAAAAAUCAAAAGAAGUAGAUACAAGAUCAAGACUGCUAUAAACGGACCCAAUGAUUCACUUUGA